CUGUCUUGGUUUUCUUGUUUACUUUGCUUUGGAUGCUGACUGUCUUGGUUAUCUUAUUUACUCUGCCUUGAGUGUUGAUUUAGAGAUCGUCUUUGGUAUCGAGGGUCUGGAUCCCAAGCCCGCUUUGGAUCCCGAUUCGGAUGCUAGCUUGGGUCACGUCAUGGAUCCCGAUUUGGGAACUGGCUUGGGUGAAGAGGGGCUCACGUCAUGA